GCCUGUCCCGCCAGCCAAUCAGGGGCGUGGGCCUGCCCCGCCUGCCCCGGGACUGGCGGGGCCGGGGAGCUCAGUGCCCAAGUCGCCCCGGGGUGGCAGUUCCCGUUAACCUUAGCCACAAAGUCAAAGACGGCCGGGCAGGGAGCCGCGGUGCUGAUGCCGAGGGGCCUCCGGGGAUGGAGAGUGGCCUGGCUGGCGACAGCAGCACAGGAGAUGCGCUGGUCAUGAAGAUCAAGCAAGAGAAGCCAGAAUGGCUGCUGCAGACGCUGGGGCCACAGGCCGCGCUCUCCCAGAAGGAUAAGGAGAACAUUUUCCAGCAGCGUCGCAGCCUCCCGCCAUGCCAGAGCGUGGGGAAGCCUCGAGCCUGGGGGGGACAGGAGGAGACUGGGGGUCCAAAGUGGGUCCUUCCCCUCGAGCCGGACGGCGGGCCGGCAGGCCGGGCUCCGGGGGUGACCCCCAGCCCCCUGAGCCCCGCUCUUUCUGCCGGCGAGGGUCACUUCGCGUGCCCGGACUGCGGGAAGAGGUUCAGCUGGUGGUCGUCCUUGAAGAUCCACCAGCGCACCCACACCGGCGAGAAGCCGUACCCGUGCAGCAAGUGCGGCAAGAGCUUCAGCCAGAAGCCCAACCUGGCGCGCCACCAGCGGCACCACACGGGCGAGCGGCCCUACCUGUGUGCGUCCUGCGGCCGCGGCUUCAGCCAGAAGCAGCACCUGCUCAAGCACCAGAAGACCCACUCCCGGCCCGCCACCCUCCCGUGCCCCGAGUGCGAGCGCUGCUUCCGCCACCAGCUGGGCCUCCGCAUCCACCAGCGCGCGCACGCCCGGGACCGCCAGGGCGCCCGCGCCGGGCUGCAGGCGCUGCUCCGGGACGCCACGGCCCACCGGGGCUGCCGCCCGCGGCCGGGGCCCCGGCGGGGGCGCCCCGACUGGGCCUGGCUGGGGCUCUGCCAGAGCUGGUGGCGCCAGCCCGGGGCCCGGACCGCCGCCCCCGCCGAGCCGCGCCAGUUCAUCUGCAACGAGUGCGGCAAGAGCUUCUCGUGGUGGUCGUCGCUGAACAUCCACCAGCGCAUCCACACGGGCGAGCGGCCCUACCCGUGCCCCGAGUGCGGGCGCCGCUUCAGCCAGAAGCCCAACCUGACGCGCCACCUGCGCAACCACACGGGCGAGCGGCCACACCCCUGCGCGCACUGCGGCCGCAGCUUCCGCCAGAAGCAGCACCUGCUCAAGCACCAGCGCACGCACCUGCCCGGCGCCCCGGCCGCGCCACGCCCCAGUCGCGCCGCGCUGCGGGCCCACCAGCAGGCCCACGCCGCCGCCGCCGCCGCCGCUGAGCCGCCCGCCCAGGGCGCCCCCGGCCUGUUGCAGCCGCCGCCGCCGCCGCCGGCCCGGGGGCCCGGGGACGUGCCGUGGGGCCGGGCGCGGGCGGGCGGGCCGGGCGAGCCGCGCCAGUUCAUCUGCAACGAGUGCGGCAAGAGCUUCUCGUGGUGGUCGGCGCUCACCAUCCACCAGCGCAUCCACACGGGCGAGCGGCCCUACCCGUGCCCCGAGUGCGGGCGCCGCUUCAGCCAGAAACCCAACCUGACGCGCCACCGGCGCAACCACACGGGCGAGCGGCCCUACCUGUGUGCGUCCUGCGGCCGCAGCUUCAGCCAGAAGCAGCACCUGCUCAAGCACCAGCGCGUUCACCGGGGCGCCCUGGCGCCCACCCCCAGCGCCAAGGGCGCGGCGCUCUAGGGGGCCUGGACCCAAGCAGACCCAUGGGCGGGGUGGGAUGCUUGCGUGGUGCGUGUGGGGAACGACCAGGAAUGGUGGCUUUUAGGACCCCAGGGGGCGAGACCCUAUCAAAAGGUGCUUUCUUCAAGGCUCUCAGACCUGAGAACAGAAUUCCACAAGCAUCCCAGAACGGGGACCGGGAAAAGUCCCGGGAAGGGCUGCGGGAGGAGAUGUGGAGUGCACAGGACCUCUGGGCUGUGUGCGAGACACAGCUGACACAGUGACUAGGAGUGGGGCCCUGAGCCUGGGCCCCGGCAUGAGGACACGUCCCCUAAGAAGACCUACCUCGGGAGGUGACAGCAGAGGGACCGAUGGAGCCUGGCAUUGGAGGCAGGUUCUGCGCCCUGGUGGAAAAACUCCCCGGACGUGCUGGGAGUCACAGCCGAAGAAGAGCUCGUGCUGGCUGCCUGGCUGUAAACCUCCACUCUCCCGUGGCAGCAGGGACGGUGCCUGUGUGGGGAGCCUGCUUCUCUGCUCGCGCCUGGCCCACCAGAGACGGCAGGUGAAUUGCCUAGGAGAACACAGCACGUUGGUAGCAGACUCGGCUCCAGAGGCAAGACCUUCCCCCAGGUGUGCACGUACCUGCAGGCUUCACUCUCCUUUCAGAGCAACGUGCUUAACACUUUUGGGGCCGUGAAGCACUCUGACAAGAUGGCAAAGGUUAUGAACCUUCUCCCCACGAAGACACGGAUAGUCACGCAGACGCAAGAAUCUACGAGCAAUCCCAGGAGCUCCGGGACUCCAGGCUGAGAUCCUUGGCCCCGGGACUAACCCGCCGCUCCCUCCUUACCUGACACAGAGCCCCGGGUCAGGGCCUACAUUCGAAUAGCAUUUCAUCCGCUGCCCUCCCGAACCCCUGCCCUUUCUUCCCUUGUUCAGGAAUAAAGAAUUCUGCGGA